AAUUGGGGCAAUUUUUCAAAAAAUUGAGUGGCUUUGGUUACUGGAGUCUGUCCUAAUUUUAAGCUGUUUUUUUCUUUUUUAAACAGAGCCCACAUGCCCAUCGGCAGCAAAUGUCCAACAGCAGCUCCAUCACCCAGUUCCUCCUCCUGGCGUUCGCAGACACACGGGAGCUGCAGCUCUUGCACUUCUGGCUCUUCCUGGGCAUCUACCUGGCUGCCCUCCUGGGCAAUGGCCUCAUCAUCACCACCAUAGCCUGGGACCAGCACCUCCACACCCCCAUGUACUUCUUCCUCCUCAACCUCGCCCUCCUUGACCUGGGCUUUAUCUCAACCACUGUCCCCAACUCCAUGGCCAAUUCCCUCUGGGACACCAGGGCCAUCUCCUACACAGGAUGUGCUGCACAGGUAUUUUUUUUCUUUUUCUGUGCUAUAGUAGAGUUAUAUCUUCUCACCAUCAUGUCCUACGAUCGCUACGUUGCCAUCUGCAAACCCCUGCACUACGGGACCCUCCUGGGCAGCAGAGCUUGUGUGCACAUGGCAGCAGCUGCCUGGGCCAGUGGGUUUCUCGUUGCUCUGCUGCACACGGCCAAUACAUUUUCACUGCCACUGUGCAAGGGCAAUGCUGUGGACCAGUUCUUCUGUGAAAUCCCUUCAGUCCUAAAGCUCUCCUGCUCAUGGUCCUACCUCAGGGAAGUCAGGCUUCUUGUGGUUAGUGUAUUAGUAACAUUUGGGUGUUUUGUUUUCAUCAUACUGUCCUAUGUGCAGAUCUUCAGGGCCGUGCUGAGGAUCCCCUCUGAGCAGGGACGGCACAAAGCCUUUUCCACGUGUCUCCCUCACCUGGCUGUGGUCUCCGUGUUUUUCAUCACUGGCACAUUUGCCUACCUGAAGCCGCCCUCUAUUUCCUCCCCAUCCCUGGACCUGCUGGUGGCAGUUCUGUACUCAGUGGUGCCUCCAGCAGUGAACCCCCUCAUCUACAGCAUGAGGAACCAGGAGCUCAAGGAUGCUGUUUGGAAACAGACAACUGGAUUUCUUCGGAAGAUAUAAACUGUCUCUAUCUUCUUCUACAUAUAAGUUGUAGUCUAACUCAUUGCACGUUCUUCCUCUCUGCAGUAUUUUUUGUGUCCAGUUGUGGUUUUUUUAUUGUGAUAAUGUUGCAAUUCCUUUUGUAAUGCAUUGCCUGCUUUUCUCACUGAG